AUGAAGGCAGACUGGGAUCGAGAGCUAUUUGCAGGGUUCGGGGUGCUCAGUAUGCAUAUGGCCAAGAAUCGGGAUGCCUCCUUUGGUAUCUCGCUCACACCACAGUGGUGGGGCAACGGCUUUGCUACGGAGGUCACAGAGUGGAUCAUCCAGCACGGAUUUGAACAGCUCGGUCUACAUCGGAUUACCCUAGGCGUGUUUUCGAGCAACCCCGCGGGCCAGCGGGUAUAUGAGAAGUGCGGGUUUGUGCACGAAGGUGUUACAAGAAAGGCGUUCUGGGUGGAUGGUGGAUGGGUGGAUGAGAUCCGAAUGGGAAUGCUCGAGGAGGAGUACUGGACGAGAAAGCAUGCAACAAGAGAUUCUUGA